UAAAAUGGCAAAAUGGUUCACACGCGCUCUUCUCUUUAUAGGCAUAAUAACGGUUUGGCUUACUUCUGACACUUGUCUAAGCUAUGCGCAUCAAGAUAAACUAGAGAAGCAUUACCUGCACUACAUGUUUACAGUCCUGACCAAAGCAGAUCUAUUCCCAGAGUUCACUGUUGUGGGUGUUGUUGAUGACAGACUGAUCUCAGACUACAGUAUUGAAGUUCCAGAUUGGACAAGACUAAUUCUGAUGGAGGAUUAUGGGGUUAUGACUCUUGUACAAUCAUGUGACUCUGCAGACUGGUUUAUGGAUCAGGUACACAUUCUGUCAAACUGCACAAAUUGUUCUGAGCUCCAUACAUUGCAGAGAAUAGUUGGUUGUGAAGUGGAGAAGUUUCCUAAUGGAACAGUGAAGAGUCUGAAUGUCUUUGAUGAAUAUGGAUUUGAUGGAGAGGAUCUUAUUGCCUUUGAAAAUGACACAAUGCAGUGGAUUGUUAAAAGUCCCAAAGCCAAAGAAAUGAAAAAGAAAUGGGACCUUCAGAUAGGACGAAACCAGUUCAUCAAGGAUUAUUUUGGGAAAUGCAUGGACUGGAUCUUAACAUUUAACAACACAUAUAACAAUUCACCAGAGGUUUACAUCUCUGCAAGGAGAGAUCCUGAUGAUCACACAAAGCUGAAUCUGAGCUGUCUGGCCACUGGUUUCUAUCCCAGAGAUAUUGAGAUGAACAUCAGAUUGAAGGAAUCUGUUCUUGACAACCAAACAUCUUCUGAAAUCAGACCAAAUGCUAAUGAAACAUUUCAGAUGAGAACCAGUGUGAAGAUCGACAAAAACUCUGAAGGAUCUUAUGACUGUUUUAUCAUUCACAGCAGUCUGACAGAACCAGCUUCAGUAGAAUGGGAUGGAAAAUGCUCUACAUUUGAGACAGACUCUGAUCAGACCUUAAUAAUAAUACUUUCGGUUUCAGUUGUAGCUGUAGUUUUUGUCAUGAUCUGUUCUGUUGUGAUUUUUUACCAGUGCAAGAACGAAUCCAAUGAAUCUUUCCCUCCUCUGCGGAGAAGUCGUCAUCCCGAUUAUGGUUCAGUGAAGGAGCAGAUAUCGAUGAGGACUGCUGCGAGUGCUGGUUCUUCUGAAGAAGAGCUCACUGUUGAUGAAUCUGCAAACUAGACUGGAGUGUGACCGAACAGGUGUUUCAUUUCUGUUCAUUCAGAAUGGAAACUGUAUUCUAGUUAUCCAGCUCUGUUCAGAAAAACUGUUUUUGUGGGUUUUUUCUGUCAGCAGGUUGUAAUCUGAGUCAGCUCUGAUCACAGUUCUUGUUUAUGAGGUUGUUUAUGCUCACUCGAAGUAUGACACUGCUUUUCAUA